AUGACAGUCUGUACAGUCGAGACAACUUCGAUCAUCUUCCACGAUCUGCUCAAGACAAGCGAGUCCAAGAUCUUUCUUGUCUCAGAGCUCCAGGAGAUCAGCAGGAACAUGGAUGCCAUGUCGCUCUGUCUCCCGCACGAGGCUCCUCCUAUCGUCCGCAUCUCCGCCAGGGGGAAGGAGCUGCCAGCCAGCAAGCUCGACGCGACCCACAACAGGGGCAACAAGGGGAUAUGGCAGGACCCGCACCAGCGCAUCGCCAGCUUCGCAGACCUCUGCUUCAGCAGCUCGUUAAGUCCCAGCCCCCCCGACGCGAUCGUCGUUGGAGGACACUCUGCAUGGUUCAAGACAUUCUUCUCCAAGUACCUGGGCAGCAGCACCCAGCAUGCCUGCACCAGGCAGAAGUUGUGCAAUGCCGGCGUCGUCGCCUUCAAGCUGCAACGCGGGGAGAUUGGAGGACGAGUCCUCUACCGCGUGAGGCCGGAAAGCAUCCAGGUUGUGCACGGACACUUUGGCAGCAAGUACAAGGACGAGGAGGAGGAGGAGGAGAAGGAGAAGGAGAAGGAGGAGAAGGAGGAGGAGAGGAAGAAGCAGAAGGGGAAGAGGAAGGCUGGUUGA